UACAAAUCCCCUCUCAACGAAUAAAAAAAAGAAGAAAAAAAAAGAUCACCACCACCACCACCACCAUUUCAGCCAUGGACAUGGUGGAGCACCAGCUUCUGCACUUCUCGCCGCAGGAGCACUUCAUGACCAGCCCGGGCUUCUUCGCCGUGGACGGCGGCCAUCCCGCGCAUUUCCAGACCGGCGGGUUCGUCGUCGAGCCAGUCGGUGUCGCGGCCGGCAUCGAGGACGGUGGGUGGGUGGAGGACCUCAUACAGCUCGGCGACGAGCUGUUCGGCGGCGGCGAUGUCAUCGCCGUCGGCACGGGAGAUCACAAGCCGUGGCAGUUCGACGACGACAACGGCGGGUCCCCGGACGACCCACCGCCGAGCGUGUCGGUGGAUGGCGACGGGAGCCCUCCUUCGGUGGAGCAAGGCGCCGGGGAUGGGGUGCUCGCCUCCGAGCCGCACCGCGACCGCGAGGACGGCGACGACGCGUCGCCGGCGACGCGGAAGCGGAGGGACCGGUCCAAGACCAUCGUGUCGGAGCGGAAGCGGAGGGUCCGGAUGAAGGAGAAGCUCUACGAGCUGAGGUCGCUCGUCCCCAACAUCACCAAGAUGGACAAGGCCUCCAUCAUCGCCGACGCGGUGGUGUACGUCAAGAACCUGGAGGCGCACGCCGGGAAGCUCAAGGAGGAGGUCGCGGCGCUGGAGGCGCGGCCGAGGCCGCCCGCCGGGCACGAGCAGCAGCUGCGCAGUGGCGGCCACGCGGCGGCGGGUCGACGCCUGCAGGACCGUGGCGGCGACGGCGCGGGGAGGCGGGGCCACGGCGCCGGGGUGACGCACGUGGGCGUGGCGCAGGUAGGCGAGGGCCGGUUCUUCGUGACCGUCGAGUGCGAGCGGCGGGACGGCGUGGCGGCGCCGCUGUGCGCCGCCGUGGAGUCGCUGGCGUGCUUCCGGGUGGAGAGCUCCAGCCUCGUCCGGUCGGGGCCGGACCGCCUCGUGUCAACGCUCACGCUCAAGGUGAGCGAGCAAGUAGGGGACGCGACCAUCUGCGAGGCCUCGGUGAAGCUCUGGGUGAUAGCGGCUCUGCUCAAGGAGGGGUUUAGACCCGAAGCAACGGUCGAGAUCUCCUCAUGAUGCACUUGCUUGAUGACGGAUUAACUGAUGUUCAGACUCCGUCCAGGACGAGAGAGCCAUCAAUCAAGUAUUACCAAAUUAACUUAGGCAUCGUCCGCUCGGGUCCUGCUAAUUUGCGGUCGACCGUAACCUCCAUGUUGGUACGGUCGAUUCUCGGACAUAGUUUUCUUUCUCUUUUAGGAAAUAUGUUGUUUCCCUUUUAGGAAAUACUAACUCGCGGCGCGCGCCAGGCGGGUCCUGCUAGUUUAUGUCGACCAUAAGGACGGCUCCUUACGGUCGAUCUUCCGAUAGAUUUUUUUCUUUUUUCGUAAGUUUUUGUCAUUUUGUGAUAAAAAAGGUUUAGAAAAAAAUUCAGAAUUUUUUUUCGGAGAG